AUGACACUGUGCAUUUUUCUAAACUGUAGAUUGAUCUUUUAAUGCAAAGACUGUUUUAUAUGUCUACAUGACUGCUGUCUGUAUAUUUGCUGUCUGUGAUUGUGGAUGUUAGAUCGGCUAUAGAACUAGAGUAAACAGUAAAGAAAUGUUUGGUUCUAUCUGAAGUAUAUCUCUUCUCUGUCGUCUUUUUCACUCUCACUUCUCCUCCUCCAGCUCUGCUGUUGACCAGACAUGAAGAAAAACAGCAGCCUGAAUCCUUCAUACUUUCAGUUCACACUAUUUGCAGAUUAUGGACCCCUCAGAUAUCUGUUCUUCAGUCUGUGUUUGUUGAUCUACAUGACUAUAAUCUCUGCUAACGUUUCCAUUAUUCUUGCAGUCUGCUCGGAGAAGUCUCUGCAUCAGCCCAUGUACAUAUUUAUCUGCUGUUUGUGUUUCAACUCUCUGUACGGCUCAUUCGGCUUCUUCCCCAGGUUUCUCAUGGACUUAGUGUCUGACACUCAUUUCAUUUCACUUCCAGCUUGUUUCACACAGGUAUACAUUAUAAACACUUAUGCAGGACACGAGUUAACUCUCCUCACUGCCAUGGCCUAUGAUCGAUUUGUUGCUAUUUGUCAGCCUUUACUUUAUCACAGUAAAAUGACUUCAAGGAUGGUGCAAUAUCUGGUAAUAUUUUCUAUGAUUUACCCUGCAUGUGUUGUUGGCUUAUGUGUCUAUUUGCUCAUCUUUAUGCCUUUUUGUGGAAACAAGCUGCACAGGAUCUUUUGCACCAACUGGCCUUUGGUUCAGCUUUCCUGUGAGGACACGACUAUGAACAAUAUCACAGGUCAGGCUUUUACCAUAACCACCAUCUUCAUCACUAUGACCUUCAUCCUGUACACCUACCUGCGCAUUAUGCUCGUCUGCAGGAGAAGCUCAAAUGAAUUCAGAGGAAAAGCCUUACAAACCUGCCUGCCUCACAUCGUGACCUUUGUAAACUACUGCAUCUCAGUUUACAGUGAGUUUGCACUGACUCGACUCAAGUUUGAUAAGAAAGAUUCGUUUUUGAUUGUUGUUCUAUCUCUGGAAUAUCUUAUAAUUCCCCCCCUCAACAACCCUCUGGUUUACGGUCUGAAUCUGCCCCAGAUCAGAGGAGUCAUAUUCAGAAGUUUCAAGUUUCACAAAGUGACUCUCACAUGAGGAAAUGUCCGACCAAACAUGCAGAGAAAGUAUCAGCAUUACACCCUCAGGCCUCACUAUGUGGACUCAGAUGUAUCUAUCUUCUGUUUAGUCUUAAAAAACGUGGUUUUCAAACUGAACCAAGACAACGAAGACUAAAGUAUUUACAUCAUUGAUUUAAUAUCAUUGAAUAAAGGUUCCCCUCUCUCAGCUGUGUCCAGAUGUUGAUACCUGUCUGUAUUUUCUCUGCUUA